UUUUUGUUUUAAUGGACAAAAUUCUACUCUAAAAUUAUAUGUUAUAUAAGUAAUUAUGUAAAUUACUGCACAUCCAUUCUUAUUGGUCUGUGCCUUCAAGUUACUGAGAUUUCUGAAGCAGUGAUCAAGCAGCAUGAAAUUCUAUGGAUGUCAUUCCCUGCAGUUUCUGCACCAGUAUGAAGUUCAUAACAAACUGCCAACAGCAGAUAGAGCUAUUUUAAGCAAAGAAAUCAACAACUUCAAAGGGUUUCAAGUUUUACUUCUAUAAUGGCAAUGUUAGCAUAUCUAUUUUGCCUUUCAGACCAAAUGAGAGGCAUCUGGUUGUCUGUCCAAGUAAAAAUGCAAUUAAGACCCCAUCAAUGAGUUUCAUCUUUUAUUAUUGUGAAGGCAAGCUAUUAGCUUCGCGCCCGAUUGAGCGAGUGCAGAGAAAUGGUGUUCGAGAGUUCGCCGUUCAUCAUUUCACUCAUCCCAUCAUCGGGACAGUUUGUCGCCUAGGCUCUCCUCCCAGAAAGGCCCGGAGGGAACCUGGUGACGCAAGUCAGUGGCGUUACCAUGGAAACCGGAUUCAAACAAAUGCGUGAAAAAUCAACAGUUUUAUUUGGAUAGUAAGUAACGUUUCUACAUUACUGAGCAUGUCUUUCAAUAGCAUUAAAGAUGGUGAAUUUACGAAAACUAUUUACACAAUGAUUAAAGACGAGCGCUAUCACGACGCUAUUACGACACUCGUCACAAUUGUGGAUGCCAACCCAACGUCGAAAGCUGGAUUGUCAUUAUUGGGUUACUGCUGCUUUCACAUACAGGACUUCUCUAAUGCUGCAAGUUGCUACGAACAACUUUACAGUCUUUACAGCGAGCAAGAAGAGUACAAACUUUACUGGGCACAAUCGCUUUACGAAGCCGGGCAUUAUGGCAGCUCGUUAAAAGUUUGCAAUCAAAUCGCGGAUCCGAAAUUAAAGGGGAAGGUUUUGAAACUGGAAGCAGCUAUUCGAUUUGCGGAAGAAGAUUUAGCAGCAGCUCUGAAUAAAGUCAGCGCUUGUUUUGCAUUGAGUUCGCCCAACGAUGUCGAUACAUUAGUCAACAUGGGUUGCAUUCGAUUCAAAGAAGAAGACUAUUCAAGAGCACUGAACAAAUUCCAAGGCGCUGUGCACGUCUCGGGAUUCGAGCCGCAAUUGCUCUACAACGUCGCAAUCUGCCAUUAUAAAAUGAAAGAAUAUGCACCCGCCAUCAAGUCGAUUGCAGAUAUUAUCGAACGAGGGAUCCGGGAUCACCCUGAAUUGAGUGUAGGCAUGGCAACGGAAGGAUUGGAAGUAAGAUCAGUGGGAAACACGCUAGCUCUACACAAAAGUGCUCUUGUGGAAGCAUUCAAUCUCAAAGCCGCUACCGAAUACCAACUGAAGAAUUUCGAAGGAGCAAAGGAAGCUCUGACGGAUAUGCCUCCUCGAUUGGAAUCGGAGCUGGAUCCGGUGACGUUACACAACAUGGCGUUGCUGACGGCGGAUGCCAAUCCAAGUGAAAGUUUUGACAAACUUCAAUUCCUUCUCCUACAACAAGUAGCCCAACAGCAGCAGCAACUUGAAAACCCUGAGGCGAGAUUGACGAGUGCCGGACCGUUAGUCUGUCCGCCUGAAACUUUCGCCAAUCUACUUCUUCUGUAUUGUAAAUACGAAUAUUUCGACUUGGCUGCCGAUCUGAUGGCGGAACAUGCGGAUUUAACCUAUAAGCAUCUCAGUCCCUAUGUGUUCGAUUUCCUCGAGGCGCUCAUCAUUCAGCAAACAUCGCCGGAAGAAGCUUUUGCCAAGUUUGACGCCCUUUGCGUUCGUUACGGAGAGACAGUUCGGCGGACGGGGACCAACUUGAAAGAAGCUCGGAGACAACAGCAUUCUCAUGCUAUCAGUGCUGCUGGGCUUGCACAUGAGCAAGCAUUGGAAAUUUACCUGCCCGUUUUAAUGAAUCAAGCAAAGAUUUACUGGGAUCGAGAAAACUACGUUCAAGUAGAGAAACUUUUCCGCCAGUCUGCUGAACUCUGUGGAGAUGCUGAUGUGUGGCGUUUGAACGUCGCCCACACUUUGUUUAUGCAAGAGAACAAGUUUCGAGAGGCUACCAGUUUCUAUGAACCACUCGUGAAACAGAACUACGACAACAUUUUGGACGUCAGUGCGGUGGUGCUUGCAAAUCUGUGCGUUUGCUACUUGGUUACGUCCCAAAAUGAGGAAGCUGAAGAACUCUUGAGAAAACUGGAGAAAGAAGAGGAGCAGAAAAGUCUUGAGAAUCCACAAUCCAAAUUCUUUCAUCUUUCGAUCGUUAACCUUGUUAUUGGGACACUGUAUUGCUCUAAAGGUAAUUACGAAUUCGGCAUUUCCCGCGUAAUUAAAAGCCUCGAGCCUUAUCAUCAGAAGCUGGGAACGGAUACUUGGUUUUACGCUAAACGAUGCCUCAUGUCACUGCUGGAGAAUAUGGCGAAGCAAGUUGUAGUGAUAAAAGACUCGAUUGUUGAUGACAUCCUGCAGUUUCUCGAUAGCUGUCAAUUUUACGGAAGAGAGGUGCAAACGAUCCUGGAAAAUCCAACAGCUGUCAACUCCCAUGUUAGUAGUGCUCGAUUCACUGUAACCUACGAAGCGAGAAUAAUUAAAUGUCUCCUGCUGCAAAUCAUCCGAAACUGAGGUAACAAUGGGUAAAGUUGUAUUGUCACUUUAUCUUCCGGUUCACUGAAUUAAAAAAAAAGUGGGAGGGGAACAGAAUUGGAAACGAAAAGGAGAUGGGUGAGAAGGGAUGAGGGAGGGGUGAUAGAUUCAAAAGAUGUCACCACAAUACACAGUACAUACGACAGACCCAUUUGCACGCUCUAUGACAUUUCAUUGACACUGAUUAUAAUAAUAAUAAAAGGAUCCCCAUUGGAACGGGGUGCACGGGGCGAGGAAGAGACAAAAGGGCAAGGAGAACAUCAAGUAUUUUAUGGGAUGGACACAGGAGGCCAUUUUUCUUAACACCAAAUCAUUUGCACAUUUGUAUACAGAAAUGAUUCCACAGAUUUGGCUGCCAAUCAGAUGGUGGUGAAUUUGUUUCGUUUUCUCAUAUGAAAACCACAGAAAGAAAAACAGAGGAUCAGUCCCUCAUUUUUGGCAAUCGCAUGAAGACUAAAAAAUGAUGGAUAAUAAUUCGGCUUCAUUUUCUACGAGGGACUGAUUUGAGAGAUUCGCCUAAAAUGAGGGGAUGUAGCAAUCGAAUAUUAGAUAAUAUUCAGACUGAAAAGGUUAGGGUUUUAUUUUGUAAUUACCUGAAUGUAGUUUUUAAAAGAUUUCUUCUCACUGGCUUACUGCUGGGCUUUUCUUCCCUGCGUCUCCCCCACCACCUUUAUUUCCGCCGCCCUGCUUUGGAACCACGCCCCACGGACUGGGAUCGUUCGGUCCCUGAGGUCCUGCAGCCAAGUUCAGCUGAUUAGAAGAAAAUGUCACUUUGCAAUCAAUGAAAACCAAAAAAAAAAAAUUCUUAAUUUCAAAGAGCAAUAUUUACCAGGCGGCCCACUGUUGAAUUGGGACGGAGGAGCGGAAGGAGGACCCCCUCCACCACCACCAGAAGGAUCGUCUAGUGAGACGGCUGGGUCAUACUGGGUGUUCUCUAAUCGAGUUAUUAAUCUCUCGUCUUCAUCGCCGAAUUCACCACCCAUUAACGACGGCUCUCCAACUACCAUGACAUCCUGAAUUCAUAUAGAAAUACAAUUUAAUGACUUGAUUUC